AGCUUAACACGAUGAUGAGUAAAUUGAAGCCGCGUCCGACUUCUAAAGUGUUUUAUUUCAUGAUCUCCCUGGGAUUUAUCCUGAUCACGACCCUGGCCAGCGGGAUGACGAUGGGAACAUCCUUUGGUAUCGGUCACUUGUUCCUGGAACUGUGGCACGCGGAGGGGGGCCCCGUGAAUCCCCACCCGUGCAGUCUUGACCAGAUGCUGGACGGGCACUGGGUGCUGAGGGGCCACACGUCCGCGGAGCUGGCGGAGCUGGAGGUGUUUCUACGACGCACUCGGGAUUUCCACCAACUGCCGGCAACGUUACAACGCGACGACAACAAAUGUGGUAGGUGAUCAGUGAUAUAGAAAUGUGGUAUGGUGAAAUAGAAAUGUGGUAUGUCAUAUAGAAAUGUGGUAUGUGAUAUUGAAAUCAGGUAUGUGAUAUAGAAAUGUGUUAUGUGAUAUAGAAAUGUGGUAUGUUAUAUAGAAAUGUGGUAUGUGAUAUAGAAAUGUGGUAUGUGAUAUAGAAAUGUGGUAUGUGAUAUAGAAAUGAGGUAUGUGAUAUAGAAAUGUGGUAUGUGAUUUAGAAAUGUGGUAUAUGAUGUAGAAAUGUCGAAUGUGAUUUAAAAUGAGGUAUGUGCUAUAGAAAUGUCGUAUGUGAUAUAGAAGUGAGGUAUGUGAUUUAGAAAUGUGGUAUGUGAUAUAGAAAUGUGGUAUGAGAUAUAGAAAUGAGGUAUGUGAUAUAGAAAUGUUGUAUGUAAUAUAGAAAUGAGGUAUGUGAUAUAGAAAUGUGGUAUGUGAUAUCUAAAUAAUUAUGUGAUAUAAAAAUGUGUUAUGUGAUAUAAAAAAGUGGUAUGUGAUAUAGAAAUGUGAUACGUGAUAUAGAAAUGUGGUAUGUGAUUUAGAAAUGUGGUAUAUGAUAUAGAAAUGUGGUAUGUGAUUUAAAAAUGAGGUAUGUGCUAUAGAAAUGUCGUAUGUGAUAUAGAAAUGUGGUAUGUGAUAUAGAAAUGUUGUAUGUGAUAUAGAAAUGUGGUAUGUGAUAUAGAAAUGUGGUAUGUGAUAUAGAAAUGGGGUAUGUGAUAUAGAAAUGUGGUAUGUGAUAUAGAAAUGUGGUAUGUGAUAUAUAAAUGUGGUAUGUGUAUAUAUAAAUGUGGUAUGUGUUAUAGAAAUGUGGUAUGUGAUAUAGAAAUGUGGUAUGUGAUAUAGAAAUGUGGUAUGUGAUAUAUAUAUAUAUAUAUAUAUAUAUAUAUAUAUAUAUAUAUAUAUGUGAGAGGUGUGUAUAUAUUGUUGUGGAUUUUUAUAUUGGAACUAUAUACUGUGGUAAGUGACAUUGGUGUUUCUGGGGUGGGUGAUGUGUUAUAUAGAUGUGGUAUGUGAUAUAGAUAUGUGUUAUGUGAUAUAUAUAUGUGUUAUGUGAUAUAUAUAUAUAUAUAUAUAUAUAUAUAUAUAUAUAUAUAUAUAUAUAUAAAUGUGCGAGGUGUUUACAUACUGUUGUGGAUUUUUAUAUUGCAGCAAUAUACUGUGGUAAGUGACAUUGGCGUUUCUAGGGUGGGUGCUGUCAGGGGCGUAACUUCUGGAAUGUACUCCUUAACCCGAGAUAUGUAAACAACACGUCAUAAGCCCUUCUGGGAGCGUCUUACUCUACAUGUAUAUAAAGGAUUGACAGAUACGAAGAGACGGAGAUUUUCAGAUAAAUUUUCUUAACAUUACGAGGCGUGUUUUAUUCUUUGUGUAUUUGUGUGCUCAUAUGUGUUAUUUCGCAUUAUUUAUUGGCACAUUAUUCUAACUGUGUUAACUGUGUACCGGUACAAGAUCUACCAUACUGUAAGUUGAAGAUUGUAAUUAUAUUUUCUUUUAAUUUGUAAUUAUCUUAAGACUUAAUAAAUAUUAUUAAUUGUAACUAGGAACUGUUUUGGGUCGUAUCUUUAAUAUUGUUGAUUCUAUGGUAUCGUUCUUUGUUAGGCACUGCUUACAACGAGCCAAUUAAAAUUAAAAUAGGAGAUUAAUUUCUCCCAAUACAAGUCAGUGCGUAACAAAGCGUUCAAUUAGAUAUCGACUUUUUGACAAGAACCUCUCAACGGCCCUCCCCCCGAUUUGAAGCUUGUAAACGUUACGUUGAAUCUAUCUCUAUCAAUAAAUAUCAAUGUGGUUGUUUGUUGCUGUUGUUGUUGUUUUAAAUUAUAUUUUUAAAACUAUGGGCGUCAGCGGAUGACAUUCUCAACAUUUUUUUUCCCUUCACUAGAAAUAGCUGAGGCUAUGUUCAUUUAUUUUCCACCUCAUGUUGGCCCACGGUAGCCCAGUAUUAUUUAAAGAUGUUGGCGCACGGUAGCCCAGUAUUAUUUAAAUAUUUUGGCCCACGGUAGCCCAGUAUUAUUUAAAUAACUUUUAACGCAGGGGUCCCUAAAGGGAUUUACUCUUUUCAAUUUUAGCCAAGACAAUUGGGAAAGGGAUUAAGAAAGUGCCCCCCCCUCUCUUUCCCAAACCCUUUUUUUUUUCUUAAAGCGAUAAUUUUGACAAAAUAUGAACCGGACCUUUUUUUAACUGAGCCUCUUAACCUAUUUACAAGUUGUAAAGACACCUCGAAUAUUUAUUUAGUUGCAUUUGAAAGAGUUCCAUUACUGACUUAAAAAACUUUAACACCUGAUGGAAUGAUAUGAAAUAUUAUCUUAGAUAUGAAUAAGAAGAAACUGAACAGGGAAAACUGUUGUUAUGUUAUAAUUAAACAUGGUCCCGGGACCUGACAUGGGUCUCUCAAUCCCAUUACAUCGUUUUACAAACGGGGUCUGUCAAUCUCAUUACAUCAUUUAACAAACGAUGGCUCUCAAUCCCAUUACAUCGUUUUACAAACGGGGUCUGUCAAUCUCAUUACAUCAUUUAACAAAUGGGGUCUGUCAUUUUCAUUACAUCAUUUAACAAACGGGGUCUCUCAAUCUCAUUACAUCAUUUAACAAACGGGGUAUGUCAAUCUCAUAACAUCAUUUAAAAAAAGGUGUCUCUCAAUCCAUUACAUCAUUUAACAAACGAUGUCUCUCAAUCCCAUUAUAUCAUUUAACAAACGGGGUCUGUCAAUCUCAUUACCUCAUUUAAUAAAUGGGGUCUCUCAAUCCAUUACAUCAUUUAACAAACGGGGUCUCUCAAUCUCAUUACAUCAUUUAACAAACGGGGUCUCUCAAUCCAUUACAUCAUUUAACAAACGGGGUCUGUCAAUCUCAUUAUAUCAUUUAACAAACGGGGUCUCUCAAUCCAUUACAUCAUUUAACAAAUAGGGUCUCUCAAUCCAUUACAUCAUUUAACAUACGGUGUCUCUCAAUCCCAUUAAAUCAUUUAACAAACGGGGUCUCUCAAUCUCAUUACAUCAUUUAACAAACCGGGUCUGUCAAUCUCAUUACAUCAUUUAACAAACGGGGUCUCUCAAUCCAUUACAUCAUUUAACAAAUAGGGUCUCUCAAUCCAUUACAUCAUUUAACAAACCGGGUCUAUCAAUCCCAUCACAUCAUUUAACAAACGGGGUCUAUCAAUCCCAUUACAUCGUUUAACAAAUGGGGUCUCUCAAUCCCAUUACAUCAUUUAACAAACGGUGUCUCUCAAUCCCAUUAAAUCAUUUAACAAACGGGGUCUCUCAAUCUCAUUACAUCAUUUAACAAACGGGGUCUGUCAAUCUCAUUACAUUAUUUAACAAACGGGGUCUCUCAAUCCAUUACAUCAUUUAACAAAUAGGGUCUCUCAAUCCAUUACAUCAUUUAACAAACCGGGUCUAUCAAUCCCAUCACAUCAUUUAACAAACGGGGUCUAUCAAUCCCAUUACAUCGUUUAACAAAUGGGGUCUCUCAAUCCCAUUACAUCAUUUAACAAACGGUGUCUUUCAAUCCCAUUAAAUCAUUUAACAAACGGGGUCUCUCAAUCUCAUUACAUCAUUUAACAAACGGGCUCUCUCAAUCCAUUACAUCAUUUAAGAAACGGGGUCUCUCAAUCCCAUUACAUCAUGUAACAAACGGGGUCUAUCAAUACAUUACUACAUCAAACAAACGGGGUGUCUCAAUCCAUUACAUCAUUUAACAAACGGGGUCUCUCAAUUAAAUUACAUCAUUUAACAAACGGGGUCUCUCAAUCCAUUACAACAUUUAACAAACGGGUCUCUCAAUCCCAUUACAUCAUUUAACAAACGGUAUCUCUCAGUCCAUUACAUCAUUUAACAAAUGGGGUCUCUCAAUCUCAUUACAUCAUUUAACAAACGGUGUCUCUCAAUCCCAUUACAUCAUUUUACAAAUGGGGUCUGUCAAUAUCAUUAUAUCUUUUAACAAACCGGGUCUAUCAAUUCCAUCACAUCAUUUAACAAACGGGGUCUCUCAAUCCAUUACAUCGUUUAACAAACGGGGUCUCUCAAUCCCAUUACAUCAUUUAACAAACGGUGUCUCUCAAUCCCAUUAAAUCAUUUAACAAACGGGGUCUGUCGAUCUCAUUACAUCAUUUAAAAACGGGCUCUCUCAAUCCAUUACAUCAUUUAACAAACGGGGUCUCUUAAACCCAUUACAUCAUGUAACAAACGGGGUCUAUCAAUCCCAUUACAACAUUUAACAAACGGUGUCUCUCAAUCCAUUACAUCAUUUAACAAACGGUUUUCUCUCAAUCCCAUUAUAUCAUUUAACAAACGGGGUCUCUCAAUCCAUUACAUCAUUUAACAAACGGGGUCUAUCAAUCCCAUUACAUCAUUUAACAAACGGUGUCUCUCAAUCCCAUUAAAUCAUUUAACAAACGGGGUCUCUCAAUCUCAUUACAUCAUUUAACAAACGGGGUCUCUCAAUCCAUUACAUCAUUUAACAAACGGGGUCUAUCAAUCCCAUUACAUCAUUUAACAAACGGUGUCUCUCAAUCCCAUUAAAUCAUUUAACAAACGGGGUCUCUCAAUCUCAUUACAUCAUUUAACAAACGGGGUCUCUCAAUCCAUUACAUCAUUUAACAAACGGGGUCUCUCAAUCCCAUUACAUCAUUUAACAAACGGUGUCUCUCAAUCCCAUUAAAUCAUUUAACAAACGGGGUCUGUCAAUCUCAUUACAUCAUUUAACAAACGGGGUCUCUCAAUCCAUUACAUCAUUUAACAAACGGGGUCUAUCAAUCCCAUUACAUCAUUUAACAAACGGUGUCUCUCAAUCCCAUUAAAUCAUUUAACAAACGGGGUCUCUCAAUCUCAUUACAUCAUUUAACAAACGGGGUCUCUCAAUCCAUUACAUCAUUUAACAAACGGGGUCUCUCAAUCCCAUUACAUCAUUUAACAAACGGUGUCUCUCAAUCCCAUUAAAUCAUUUAACAAACGGGGUCUGUCAAUCUCAUUACAUCAUUUAACAAACGGGGUCUCUCAAUCCAUUACAUCAUUUAACAAACGGGGUCUAUCAAUCCCAUUACAUCAUUUAACAAACGGUGUCUCUCAAUCCCAUUAAAUCAUUUAACAAACGGGGUCUCUCAAUCUCAUUACAUCAUUUAACAAACGGGGUCUCUCAAUCCAUUACAUCAUUUAACAAACGGGGUCUCUCAAUCCCAUUACAUCAUUUAACAAACGGUGUCUCUCAAUCCCAUUAAAUCAUUUAACAAACGGGGUCUGUCAAUCUCAUAACAUCAUUUAACAAACGGUGUCUCUCAAUCCAUUACAUCAUUUAACAAACGAUGUCUCUCAAUCCCAUUAUAUCAUUUAACAAACGGGGUCUGUCAAUCUCAUUACAUCAUUUAACAAAUGGGGUCUCUCAAUCCAUUACAUCAUUUAACAAACGGGGUCUAUCAAUACAUUACUACAUUCAACAAACGGGGUGUCUCAAUCCAUUACAUCAUUUAACAAACGGGGUCUCUCAAUCCAAUUAUAUCAUUUAACAAACGGGUCUGUCAAUCCCAUUACAUCAUUUAACAAACGGUAUCUCUCAAUCCAUUACAUCAUUUAACAAACGGGGUCUCUCAAUCUCAUUACAUCAUUUAACAAACGGGGUCUCUCAAUCCAUUACAUCAUUUAACAAACGGGGUCUAUCAAUCUCAUUACAUCAUUUAACAAACGGUGUCUCUCAAUCCAUUACAUCAUUUAACAAACGGGUCUCUCAAUCCCAUUACAUCAUUUAACAAACGGUAUCUCUCAAUCCAUUACAUCAUUUAACAAACGGGGUCUCUCAAUCCCAUUACAUCAUUUAACAAACGGUGUCUCUCAAUCCAUUACAUCAUUUAACAAACGGGGUCUCUCAAUCCCAUUACAUCAUUUAACAAACGGUGUCUCUCAAUCCAUUACAUCAUUUAACAAACGGGGUCUCUCAAUCCCAUUACAUCAUUUAACAAACGGUGUCUCUCAAUCCAUUACAUCAUUUAACAAACGGGGUCUCUCAAUCCCAUUACAUCAUUUAACAAACGGUGUCUCUCAAUCCAUUACAUCAUUUAACAAACGGGGUCUCUCAAUCCCAUUACAUCAUUUAACAAACGGUGUCUCUCAAUCCAUUACAUCAUUUAACAAACGGGGUCUCUCAAUCCCAUUACAUCAUUUAACAAACGGUGUCUCUCAAUCCAUUACAUCAUUUAACAAACGGGGUCUCUCAAUCCCAUUACAUCAUUUAACAAACGGUGUCUCUCAAUCCCAUUAAAUCAUUUAACAAACGGGGUCUGUCAAUCUCAUUACAUCAUUUAACAAACGGGGUCUCUCAAUCCAUUACAUCAUUUAACAAACGGGGUCUCUCAAUCCCAUUACAUCAUUUAACAAACGGUGUCUCUCAAUCCCAUUAAAUCAUUUAACAAACGGGGUCUCUCAAUCUCAUUACAUCAUUUAACAAACGGGGUCUCUCAAUCCAUUACAUCAUUUAACAAACGGGGUCUCUCAAUCCCAUUACAUCAUUUAACAAACGGUGUCUCUCAAUCCAUUACAUCAUUUAACAAACGGGGUCUCUCAAUCCCAUUACAUCAUUUAACAAACGGUGUCUCUCAAUCCAUUACAUCAUUUAACAAACGGGGUCUCUCAAUCCCAUUACAUCAUUUAACAAACGGGGUCUCUCAAUCCAUUACAUCAUUUAACAAACGGGGUCUAUCAAUCUCAUUACAUCAUUUAACAAACGGUGUCUCUCAAUCCAUUACAUCAUUUAACAAACGGGUCUCUCAAUCCCAUUACAUCAUUUAACAAACGGUAUCUCUCAAUCCAUUACAUCAUUUAACAAACGGGGUCUCUCAAUCCAUUACAUCAUUUAACAAAUGGGGUCUAUCAAUCCCAUCACAUCAUUUAACAAAUGGUGUCUCUCAAUCCAUUACACCGUUUAACAAAUGGGGUCUCUCAAUCCAUUACACCGUUUAACAAAUGGUGUCUCUCAAUCCAUUACACCGUUUAACAAAUGGGGUCUCUCAAUCCAUUACACCGUUUAACAAAGGGGGUCUCUCAAUCCCAUUACAUCAUUUAACAAACGGUGUCUCUCAAUCCCAUUAAAUCAUUUAACAAACGGGGUCUUUCAAUCUCAUUACAUCAUUUAACAAACGGGCUCUCUCAAUCCAUUACAUCAUUUAAGAAACGGGGUCUCUCAAUCCCAUUACAUUAUGUAACAAACGGGGUCUAUCAAUCCCAUUACAUCAUUUAACAAACGGUGUCUCUCAAUCCAUUACAUCAUUUAACAAACGGUUUUCUCUCAAUCCCAUUAUAUCAUUUAACAAACGGGGUCUCUCAAUCUAUUACAUCAUUUAACAAACGAUGUCUCUCAAUCCCAUUAUAUCAUUUAACAAACGGGGUCUGUCAAUCUCAUUACAUCAUUAAACAAACGGGGUCUCUCAAUCCAUUACAUCAUUUAACAAACGGGGUCUCUCAAUCCCAUUACAUCAUUUAACAAACGGGGUCUCUCAAUCCAUUACAUCAUUUAACAAACGGGGUCUCUCAAUCCCAUUACAUCAUUUAACAAACGGGGUCUCUCAAUCCAUUACAUCAUUUAACAAACGGGGUCUGUCAAUCUCAUAACAUCAUUUAACAAACGGUGUCUCUCAAUCCAUUACAUCAUUUAACAAACGAUGUCUCUCAAUCCCAUUAUAUCAUUUAACAAACGGGGUCUGUCAAUCUCAUUACAUCAUUUAACAAAUGGGGUCUCUCAAUCCAUUACAUCAUUUAACAAACGGGGUCUAUCAAUACAUUACUACAUUAAACAAACGGGGUGUCUCAAUCCAUUACAUCAUUUAACAAACGGGGUCUCUCAAUCCAAUUACAUCAUUUAACAAACGGUGUCUCUCAAUCCAUUACAUCAUUUAACAAACGGGUCUCUCAAUUCCAUUACAUCAUUUAACAAACGGUAUCUCUCAAUCCAUUACAUCAUUUAAAAAACGGGGUCUCUCAAUCUCAUUACAUCAUUUAACAAACGGUUUUCUCUCAAUCCCAUUAUAUCAUUUAACAAACGGGGUCUCUCAAUCCAUUACAUCAUUUAACAAACCGGGUCUAUCAAUCCCAUUAUAUCAUUUAACAAACGGGGUCUCUCAAUCCCAUUACAUCAUUUAACAAACGGUGUCUCUCAAUCCCAUUAAAUCAUUUAACAAACGGGGUCUCUCAAUCCAUUACAUCAUUUUACAAACGGGGUCUAUCAAUCCCAUUACAUUAUUUAACAAAUGGGGUCUCUCAAUCCAUUACAUCAUUUAACAAACGGGGUCUGUCAAUCUCAUUACAUCAUCCAACAAACGGUGUCUCUCAAUCCCAGUACAUCAUUUAACAAACGGUGUCUCUCAAUCCAUUACAUCGCUUAACAAACGGGGUCUGUCAAUCUCAUUACAUCAUUUAACAAACGGGGUCUCUCAAUCCAUUACAUCAUUUAACAAACGGUGUCUCUCAAUCCAUUACAUCAUUUAACAAACGGUGUCUCUUAAUCCAUUACAUCAUUUAACAAACGGAGCUUGUCAAUCUCAUUACAUCAUUUAACAAUGGUGUCGCCCAAAUCGAUGUAAAUUUUAAAUGUUACUUUGAAUGAAUAUUUAUCUUCAAGACUUAGUCAUCCGAUUCCUUUACAAGUUAAAGGAUGACAUAUCAAGGCAUGAGAUUAAGCCGCGCCGAAGAUAUAAUAGAACAAGACAUCUUUGGAAGAGGAUUUGUCACUUUCUCAUUAAGCCGAUGCACCAAUAUCUAAAUAUAUAAUUCGCCAGCAAAGGUGAAACACCACAACCACACAGGCUAUAUAUCGAUAAUGAGUUCACUAGCGCGCAAAAUAGAAUUCCCGAUAACUACGCUAAAUCAUUUAUAUUUUUUUGUAAAUAACGCAACUUCGUUUGGUGCGUAAUGUUUUUCGAUAAAUGAAAUUCUCUCCAUUUAAGUAUGGUGUAAAAAAAAAUAUUCAGUUUAAAAGAGUUUGGGACAUCAGAAUAUUUAAUAUAUUUCCUGGGCGUGAAAAAAAAAAGUGAGCAUUGACGUAUCAUUUGGGGGGGUGGGGGGAGGGGGGGUAGCAGAAAUUGGAAUUCAUAAAUGUGCGUUACUUGAGUUCAUGUUUUGUCAGGUAACUUUAGUAGAUGGGAAGUUCACUCAUUGCCGUCGUCAAUGUUUUGUGGGCUAUAACUAGUAAUAAUGAAAAAGGCAAUACCUACCCAAUUUGGUAAAAACAAAAAUAAUUAAUGAUUCAAUUUUUAAAUUUUAACGUGUCUCUUUAAGUGAAAAAGUUGCAUUUUUAUGGACCGGUGUUCUUAAUCGAUUUACAGUUAAAAAAUAUAUUCACAUCCAUAUUCUUUUUUUUUUUUUUAAUUCCUCAGGAAAUCUCAAUUUCCCCAAUCACCAAUGGCACAGGGCAGUCUGUAACCCUAAAGGGGCCACCCCGUGCUGUAUGAACAACUCUUGCGUCAACCAGACCGCCCAAGAGUGCCAAUGUCCUGAAUGUUAUGACAUGAGACAAUCAGUGCAUGCAGAAUUUGCCACAUGGGUACCAAACAACUCUUCCUGUAAGGUCAGUUCCUCUGUCUAUCUGUCAGUUUGUCUGGACAAAGGAGUAGGAAGUCGAAUUUUAAAGUUAGAAUAUAUUUGUUUUAAAACUAUUUUUUUGAGAAACCCAUCAGGCUUCCUACAGAUCCCCUUUGAAUGAAAUAAUCAUUCAUUUCUCGGACUUGAUAUGCGAUAAGUUGACACAAUCAAAGUCAUGGAAACAAGACUUGAUACUUUUAGAGGCCUUAUGUUCACAAAAUCAAAUUCAUGGUAACUAGAUUUGAUACCUGAGAGGCCUUAUGUUCACAAAAUCAAAUUCAUGGUAACUAGAUUUGAUACCUGAGAGGCCUUAUGUUCACAAAAUCAAAUUCAAGGUAACGAGACUUGAUACUUUUAGAGGCCUUAUGUUCACAAAAUCAAAUUAAUGGUAACGAGAUUUGAUACUUUUAGAGACCUUAUGUUCACAAAAUCAAAUUCAUGGUAACGAGACUUGAUACUUUUAGAGGCCUUAUGUUCACAAUAUCAAAUUCAUGGUAACGAGACUUGAUACCUUUAGAGGCCUUAUGUUCACAAUAUCAAAUUCAUGGUAACGAGACUUGAUACUUUUAGAGGCCUUAUGUUCACAAAAUCAAAUUCAUGGUAACGAGAUUUGAUACUUUUAGAGGCCUUAUGUUGACAAAAUCAAAGUCAUGGUAACGAGAUUUGAUACAUGAGAGGCCUAGUUGACAAAAUCAAAGUCAUGCUAACGAGACUUGAUACUUUUAGAGGCCUUAUGUUGACAAAAUCAAAGUCAUGGUAACGAGAUUUGAUACCUGAGAGACCUUAUGUUGACAAAAUCAAAGUCAUGGUAACGAGAUUUGAUACCUGAGAGGCCUUAUGUUGACAAAAUCAAAGUCAUGGUAACGAGAUUUGAUACCUGAGAGGCCUUAUGUUGACAAAAUCAAAAUCAUGGUAACGAGAUUUGAUACCUGAGAGGCCUUAUGUUGACAAAAUCAAAGUCAUGGUAACGAGUCUUGAUAUAGGAUAAGUGAAAAGAGAAAAAUAAAACAACGAACAACUUCUCUGAACUUUAAACAGUGAACACAAUUCACAUAUUUUACAUAUAACCACUAGAUAUGACAAAAAAUACAGUUGCAGAAAACAUUUGAGAUAAAGGCAAAAAUAUGUCUAACAAUAAAUCAACUGGCCUUGCUGGCACUGCCCCCCCCCCCCCGAAAAAUCUGAAAUAGUCCCUGAUGCCAGAUAUAGUUCAAUCUAUCAAGUGAUGAGAUAACACAUUAAUUCAAUCAUUUAAUUCCUUAUCUGUUGAUGUAGGGUGAGGUUGGGUGUACGCCCAGUUCCUCGACAUUGUGAGGGGCGGGGGUGGGAGGGGGUGCUGAGGAUUCAGCUAAACCAUUUUACCGGGGGGGGGGGGUNUUUCAUGGGGCAGUUUGAACUUUACAGCAGAAAAUACGUUAUUUCAAAAUCUUUAAAUUUUUACUUUCUCUGUCUAUGUUCGUUAAAGUAGGCUUUUGGCCGACACCUUUUUUUAUGUUUGUUUUUGUUUAACUUUCGGCGCCUAUGUGAACUUACAUAAAAAUUUGCUCAAAUUUUGCGUUCGACCAAAUUUACGUUUGAUCAAACUUUCCGUCGAUCAUUUUUUCCGUCGACGAAAUUUUUUCAAACAAAUUUCCGGAUACGGGGGAAGUGCAGAGCCAUUAUGGUCUUAGUUACGACUCGUGGAAUAAAAAUUGAAUGAGUGCCCUCUGUCCAAAAACACACGAGAUGACGCUGAAAGGCAACAUCAACCGAUUCCCAAUUCUUUGUUUGAAUUUAUUUUAUUAUUAUUAGUAUUUAUUUUUUUUUUUGGUUGCUGCUGCCUUCAUCCAUGCCCUUGAUCACAAUUCUCUCAGAUGCGACAGUUCAGCAGCGAAGAAGACGUGUGCCGUGUGCUUCAGAACAAGACCAUCUACUUCAUCGGGGACUCCUUCAUGCGACAGGUGUACACGUCCCUGCUCGCCGUGCUGCGGGGCAACAGAGCCAGACACGUCCUCAGGGACGACGUCUCCCAAGGUAACGCCUUAACACGCUGAGCAACGUUGUCAGGCACGCUGACGUGAUUCACAGUCAUCGCUGCGGGAAUGUUAUCUGAGUGGUGUGGGGGUGGGGCGGCCGUGAAUGUGCUCUGCGUGGGGGGAGGGGCGUGAAUGUUAUCUGAGUGGGGGGGGGCGUGAAUGUUAUCUGGGUGGGGGGGGUGGCGUGAAUGUUAUCUGAGGGAAGGAGGGGUGAGUCAUUGAAGUACAUCACGCGGGUGUAACGGGAGGGAAAAGGGGGGGGGGGGGUUAGACAUUUGUGUUAUGAGUUCGUGAGCGAGGUGUCAAGGAUCUACCCCGCCCACUUUUUUGUCCCCACCAAAAGAUCAUUCAAAAAUUAAUUAAAGAAAAAAAAACUAGAUACAUUAUAGAUCUCAAUUCAAUAUUAAAAAGAAAAAAAAUAAAUUAUCAUCAUUUCUCUAAAAUGUACCAGGAUCAUGCAGGGAUACCUCAAACACUCGCGAGUUCAGGUUCCGGGAACCGUUGUGCAUCAGGAGAAAUCUCGAAUUUUUGGUACGAGUCAGUAAACAAUGCUAUUGAAUUUUGUUUAUUUGUUUCACCCUUAUAUAUGACGCACACAUCAUGGUCCACCAAAGUAGUUUGAUUCCUUUUAAAAAAAUUUAGCUUACCGAGUAACGCGUUACCAUUUUGGUAAAAAAAUUAUUUGACGUCAAACAAAACAAACAAAAACAAACAAAAAAAUGGUUGACGUAAACGUAGAGUAGCGUUUCGCAUGAUGGCUCUUUGCUACACCAGCUUAUUCACAAAAGGGCAUAUUAAUGAUACGCCUAUAGUAUACUUAUUGUGCCUUUUUUUUUUUUUUUGCACUCACAUGUUUUAUUAUUUAACUCGUUAGUGUGUUUUUUGGUUUAACUCGUGAGUGGUUUUUAUGGUUUAAACACAAAAGGGCAUAUUAAUGAUACGCCUAUAGUAUACUUAUUGUGCCUUUUUUUUUUUUUUUGCACUCACAUGUUUUAUUAUUUAACUCGAUAGUGUGUUUUAUGGUUUAACUCGUGAGUGUGUUUUAUAGUUUAACUCGUGAGUGUGUUUUAUGGUUUAACUCGUGAGUGUGUUUUAUGGUUUAACUCGUGAGUGUGUUUAAAUGGUUCAACUCGUAAGUGUGUUUUAUGGUUUAACUCGUGAGUGUGUUUAAAUGGUUCAACUCGUAAGCAUGUUUUAAUGGUUUAACUCGUAAGCAUGUAUUAAUGGUUUAACUCGUAAGUAUGUUUUAUGGUUUAACUCGUGAGUGUGUUUUAUGGUUUAACUCGUGAGUGUGUUUAAAUGGUUCAACUCGUAAGCAUGUUUUAAUGGUUUAACUCGUAAGCAUGUAUUAAUGGUUUAACUCGUAAGUGUUUAACUGAGAACAUCAAACCAUCAAGUGGCAUUUUAUGUUUGUCUGUUCGUAUGUAUUUUCUACGGUGCUACAGUAAAGUGCUAAGACCUAGUGCUACCCUUCCACAGCUAAUGUCGACAAAUGUGACAAGUACUACCGUUAUUUCGCCGACUGCAGGUACUACCUGAUCUGGGACUCACAGGAGUGCAACGGAACA